AUGUCAUUAUUCAAAGCACGUGAUUGGUGGUAUGUGAAUGCCGGUGUUGAUGAAGAAUUUGAUCAAGGAUGUUUAUGUGUUGGAAAUGUAGACAAUAAUGCAAAUGGAUUGGAUAAAAUUAUUGUGGGCAGUUUCCAUGGUUUUCUGAGGAUUUACCAACCUGAAAGUUGUAAAGAUGGCUCAAAGGCAAAAGAUGUCUUGUUGGAAACUCAGUUGCAAUACCCAAUCUUACAAGUUGAAGCUGGCAGAUUUGUAUCAUGCAAUGGAUGCAAAUUGGGAAGGUUUCAACCAGUCAAAUUGCAUGUCAAUGAAAGUCGAGUAGCGUAUUUAUUAGGCUUUGUUGCUGGUGCAGUGGAACAUGGUAGUCAAUACCAACUGAAUUUAUUGUAUGAACAUAAUUUACAACGAACAUCGUUCAAUAUGACGCAUGGACCUUUUGGUGGCAUUAAAGGUAAAGAUUUUCUGUGUGUACAAAGUAUGGAUGGUACUGUGUCUGUAUUUGAACAGGAAAGCUUUGCAUUUAGUAGGUAUUUGCCAGGAUUUCUCAUACCUGGGCCGCUACGUUACGUCCAAAGAACCGACUCAUUUGUAACCGUUUCGUCAAGUCAGCAAGUGGAAAGCUACAAAUAUCAAGUACUGGCUGUUGCUACUGAUGAUUCUAAAGAUGAAUCACAGAAGAUAUCAAAAGGAAAGAGAAUUACUAUGGAUUGGAGCUUGAAUAUUGGUGAACAGGCGUUAGAUAUAUGUGUCGUAAAUUUUGUAAAUAGUCCACCGUCAAUAUUUAUAUUAGGAGAAAGGAAUUUAUUUUGUUUGAAGGAAAAUGGAACUUUAAGAUUUAUGAAGAAAUGUGAAUAUAAUCCAUGUUGUUUUCUGCCAUAUUCAGCAGUAAAUGAUGGAACGAUAAUGACAAUGAUCUGUACACACACUAAAUCACUGUUAGUCUAUGAAGAUAUUACUUUAAAAUGGGCAGCUAAAUUACAACAUUCACCUGUGGCAAUCAGAAUUGCAAAUUUCCAAGAUUUGAAAGGUGUCAUAGUAACACUUAGUGAUGAUGGUCACUUGAACUGCACCUACCUGGGUACGGAUCCGUCAUUAUUUGUUGCUCCGUCGCCAGAGUCUCGGGAGAUCAAUUAUGCAGAAUUGGAUGCUGAAAUGAGAAACUUACAAAGGUCUAUCAAAGAAGCCACACAGAAAGGUGCCGACAUUGCACCAAGAAGAGCACAGGAUGAUGAUCUAGAAAUAGUCGUGUCAGUCCCUCCAAACUUAGACAACACCUCGCAAGCGGCAAAUGUUGAAGUUGAUAGUGAAGAUUCUGUCCCGUCCAUUACACCAAAGGUGAUUUUAAAAAGUAAACUGGCAUUGCAGAAUGUGAGAUUAUCUGUGUUUUCACCAUUCCCGAUUGCUGUCAAUCAAGACACUUUUACAUUUCCUGUAAUAGGUGACAUGUCCAGUCCAACGCAAGCUCUGGUAUCUUUUUUCCAGAGAGGUCAUUGCAUACCGUCCUCAUUAACAGCUGAAGCAUCAGCAACUUAUACAACUCCAUCAGGAGCUCCCCGGAUAACACAGACUAAGUUUGAUCUUCCUUUAUCACUGAUUUGUAAAGCAUGUACACCAGUGAAGAAUGCACAGCAUAAAAUAACUAUUGAUACAAAUAAAAGUCCUGUCAACCUUAAUGAUCUAUUCCCUGAAUUACUGGGUGAGAAUGCUGGAGGUCCUGGCAAUGCUCUCGGUUUUCAGCUCUUUGCUGGGCCUAAAAUAACAGUUCUUGCAUCUAAGACAUCACAACGCUACAGAUUACAGUGUGAUACAUUAGAAGCAAUGUGGUUAAUAGUAAAAGCUGUGAUUGACAGACUAUAUGCAUAUCAUUAUACUAUGGGUGUCAAGGAUUUCAAAUGCUCAUACCAAGGGACAUUACCAUUACAGGAAUAUUUUGAUGUUAUUGAUCUACAUUUUGAGUUGAGAAUGAAUGCUCAAAGGUAUAAAGAACUGUUAAGUCAGAGAGCCCAGCAAUUUAGAGCCAUCCAGAGACGAUUACUGACACGAUUCAAGGAUAAGACUCCAGCACCGCUACAAAACUUGGAUACUCUAUUAGAUGGUACUUACAGACAGAUUUUAGCAUUGUCUGAUGCAAUAGAAGAGAACCGUCAAAAGUUAGUCACAUGCAGCAUCAGUUUGAGUGCCACUACUAAAAUCAUUACAGAGUUGAUUAAAUUGACUUAUAGCUUAAAUAGGAAAGAGUCUAAGAUACUGACAUCUGCGUUGUCUGAAGACGUGACUGUUGAUGAAGAACAGGGAUGGGAGGAAUCCACAGAUGCUGCUAUAACACACUUGUUGAGAACCUGUUUGGCCAAGACAGCCAAGGAUCAGACUAUCAACCCCUCUCCGUUACAACUACCAAAAGAGACUAUGAAAAUAAAGAAGCAUAUUACACUGUUAUGCGAUAGACUGAGUAAAGGAGGAAAGCUGUUGAUUGAAGGACUCCCUGAUGAACCUGAGGAAAAACCCAAGAAUUACAUUCCAGCAGUGCGACCGGUAUCCAAGCAACCAUCACCACAGAUACCAAGUGAAGAUCCAACAAGGGGUAUAAUGUCGCCAAGGUUACAGACCAUUGAAGAGCCGAAGCCGAAUAAGAGCAUAAAUGAUUCACCGAAUUUGCCCGCAGCCAGUGAGAAAAAAAGACCAUUGGGUGAAUUACCUCCAUUGAGUUCUCAGACUUCAUUGCCACCAAUAAGUACUAAUCUUGGCUCUGGUUUAACGUCUCUGAGUAAGAAAUCCACGUUACCAAGUAUGAAUAGCGACACACCAAACCUUGAUGAUAUGAAUGCAGAUAUGAUAUUGAAAAAUGGUGACAAAGAAUUGGAGUCUUUUUAUGAUUAGUAAUGUAUAUCUUUAGACUGCUGGAGCAGCAUGUCGGCAGUUGCAUAGCGCCCUCUAAGUCUUAGUUGUGACAUCCUCAGAUUUCCAUCACCUUGGAUUAUUUUCUGUUAUUUUCAAGUAUGCUACUGAAUGACUGUAUAGCGCCCUCUAUAAGCCCUAGGUAUAAUGUACCCUGAUUACCAUAUCUGUUGUUCAUAUCCCUUACCUAGUAACCAUUUUGCUGAAUGACUGUAUAGUGCCCUCUAUAAGUCUUAGGUACAGUUUCCACUGAUUACCAUCACUGUUGUCCAUAUCACUUACCUCGUAACCAUGUUGCUGAAUGACUGUAUAGUGCCCUCUAUAAGUCUUAGUCACUGUUUCCACUGAUUACCAUCUCUUUCAUCCACUUUGCUUUCUACUCAAUUACUUUAUCAUUUUCCAACAUUGACCAUGUAGCAGCUUCUAUAAGAUACAAUAUUUAUUCCUUAACAUUUUUAUUGGGCAUUCCUGCUUCCCAAGUUUACACCCUCUAUAGACCUUCUUUUAUACAUUCUGUUGAAUACUGAUAUAUCAUCUGUGGUCUCGGCCAAAUUUAUUGAAUUUCCCAUUAAAAUUUUCUAUUCAGUAAAUAUAUGGCACUCUCUAUGUACGUGCAUUAGCAAUUCUUAUUGCUGCCAAAAAGUUUAAUAAUUAUUAUUCAAAUAGAUACCCAACUUGUUUUCAUGUAUAGUAAUAUUUUUUUACAACAAGAGGUUGCAUUUUAUAUUAGUAUAAAAAUAUGCUAUGUUUUGAUUUAUUCUGUAGAUUGAUUCAUCUUUUGCUGAACAAAGUUUCUUUAAUACCUGCCUUAUUCACACACAUCUCGUUAAAGGGGAGUAGGCCGUGACACAUAAUUGUGCUUCUCAAUUGUAUUCUAUUCCCUAAUGUCAUUUUGUUCACUGUUCAAAAUGGACAUGGGAACACUGGACCUAAUGAUAAAAAAUAGACUGUACUGUAUUUCAGGGUUCCAUCUUAAAAGGGUUUACUGAAAUUAUUUUUGCUGAAAAGCGAUAUGUGCAUUAUUUUAACUGUCACAAAUUACUUGCAAAAUAUAAGUAAUUCACUGGAUUGCAUUUUUGAUGAUUUUUACCUCAUGAGCAAAAGUAGUUAAGCAUGAAUCCAGAUAACUAUUGAAAAUGCAAAAAUUAAAAGCAUAACAAGAUCUUGAUAUAGUAAUGCUGUGCAAAAUUCUGCGGGUUCUAUCAAAUAAAUGAAAAACUGAAUUUGUUUCCAUGGAAAUAAUGAUUUUGUCAUUUCCUACUGAAAGCAUCCACUGAUAGAAGAAAUGAAUUGAAAAUGACAUCAGCAGACAAUGUCUGGUAUCUAUUAUGAAGUGAAAAUUGCUUUAAAUAUAUUCAACAAAAGUUCAUGCUUCAAAAAAAAAUAGUUUGGUUACCUUACUUUGAACUUUUGAACUCAUAAUAGUAAUAUUUCUAUGUAACGCGCACCUACCCGUAAAGGAUCACGUCACGCAUUUACAAGAUUUGUGAUGGGAUACAAGUAAUAUGCAAUACCAGGACGGGGAAUUACACUGACUCAGUGUUUACUUUAACAAAUCAAUAUCUGAAAGCCCGUACUGAUAGUCUGAAUGAAUGGGAAAAACCAGCAUCAGCACCUGAUGUACUAAAGCACUACCGCCACUGAGUCACAUCAUGUUCAAUAUAAAUCCAUACAUGCGAUGCAUACACGAAAUUAAUUGCGCACAUUGCAUGAUAACUGGCUGUUUAAGUGUAUCCUAUUUGCUCUAUUAGAAACACAAUAUCAAUAGCGACGAGAGGUAUUACAUAAAUGUUAGGAAUAAUUGCUCCAACUUAACAACCUUCUUUUCUUAACUAUAUAAUAGCAUUCAUGUUGGAACAUAUGCUUUUAAUAGAGCAAAUUAUGGUCUACUGUAAUACUAUAAUCGUGUUAGACAAAUUGUCGUGAAUUUCAUGAGUCAGGGACAACACAACACUUUUUGUAGCAGUGAACAUUUCAUUGGAAUCAUUAAAACAAUUAGUCCCAGUGACUAUCACGAAAUUUCGUCUUCAUUAAUUACGUCAAUUUAUCGUACCACAUUCUGAAUGGUCUCUCGAAAAAAGGAAACUGCGAAUCAAAUUAUUUGGCAAUAUUGAUGUUUUUAUGAAUUGCUCAAAAACAGGAAUUUGUUACACAGUGUUGUAUGUAUAUAUUGAAUAUAUUUUGUGUGUUUUAUAUCAAGAUAUUGAGUCUUUCUUCUAACAUGCCAUGUACACGAUACAUAUCUGUAUAUUUAUACCAUUACAAAAAUGACACCCUACUCUAUUCGGGUACGGGUUUGGAAGUAGUAUAUGUACAUAGAAAAGUGGCAUUGUGUUCUGGUUGUCAUGUGAAACUUUCCAUAAAAUGAACCUUAUGAAAAUA